UUAAUAGAUGACGCAUCGACACAUCUACAAUAAGUUGGAUCCUUUUGUUGCUGAAAAGUUUAAAAGCCUCUGUAAUGUGCUCGACUGCCAUUCACGACCAUGACUGGAUUCCAGAACGUAGCUAAAUCGGCAGAGCUGAAAACUGAAGAUGUCAAAUCUGAGACCGCAAUGGAGAUACAGAAGAACGCAAAUAAUAAACGUGCGAUUCUAGCAGCUGUUGGAGCGAGUUUGCUGACGGCAUUAGUUGUAAUAGCCGUGGUUUUCUCCCUUUACUACGGUACUUACCUAUGUCAAGCCAGGAAUACACCCAAAAACGAGAGUCCCAAUCCACGGGAAAGGUUGAGGUGAAGGACACAGAGCGGGUGAUCAUAACGGAAACCAGGACACCCAAUCAGACACUCCAUGACACCGUGACUCUCCAGGACUUCAACAGGAAAAUACAAGCCAUAAAAGACCUUAACAGGAACGAGUGUUUCAUCUCCACUCUGGAUAUCCAGUUCGAGGAGGCUAAGGCAACGGCCCAGGGCAACCAAACAACGUUUGACCUUGAAAACUACGACACUCGGACUACAGUAAGAUCAAAGAGACUAUCCCUUUUCAACUUGCGCAGCGAGCACUAGGUUCUCACGUGGUGGAAUUCUGCAGAAAUCUGCCCAUGUAUUGGCUGAAGGACGCCAAUGGCCGAGAUAACGUACAAGUACGAGGAAGGCGGGAUUAUAUCCGGAUCAAAGGAAAGAUAUUUGGUGUGAGGUUUGUCAUAACCAUUGAAUGGUGAUUACCUUUGUUGAUGCCAACGGAGAUGAACUGUCAACUGGCUUACCUGUAAUAACCGAAUUAUGCGUCUACUUACCGAGCGAGCAAACCCUAAAGGCUCAGAUUUGAAUUAAUUCAAACUAACUUUUACCCUGUUUUGUAUUCAACCAACGACAAAUAAAU